AUGAGCUUCUCCACCCGCAGUAUCAACCAGUCUGGCCGCUUUGGUGGGGCUAGUGCUGGAGCUGGCAUUCCCAGGGCGCGCAGCUUGGCAGGAGGUGCUGCCAGUGUCAGGGUGUCCUCUGCCAGCUUUAACAUGGCAGCCCCUGCCUUUGGUGCUGGAUUUGCAGCCCAAGAAUCCGGCGCUUUAGCUGUCAACGGCAAAGAGACCAUGCAGAACCUGAACGACCGCCUGGCUGUCUAUCUGGAACGGUUUAAUAUUGUGUUUCCUCAGGUCCGAUCUCUGGAGACAGCCAACAAUGAACUUGAAUUGAAAAUCCGUGAGUUCUACGACAGAAAAUCCACCGUCAGCGCUUUUGACGCAAGUGGGUAUUCUGACACCAUCAACAAGCUGCGCUCUCAGAUCCAGGAUGCCACCAUUCAAAAUGCCCGGCUCGUGCUGCAGAUCGACAAUGCCAAGCUGGCUGCUGAUGACUUUAAGAUUAAGUAUGAAUCAGAACUGGUCAUCAGGCAAGGAGUGGAGACUGACAUUACUGGACUCCGCAGAGCCCUGGAUGAACUGACUGUCAACAGAUCAGACCUGGAACUAGAGAUCGAGGGCCUGAAGGAGGAGCUGAUCUACCUGAAGAAGAAUCACGAGGAGGACCUUGCUGCUUCCCGGGGAUAUUCUGGAGGAAAGGUUAAUGUUGAACUGGAUUCCACUCCAGCAGUCGACUUGUCCAAGGUGCUUUCAGAUAUGAGAGAUCAAUAUGAGAAAAUGGUGGAGAAGAAUCGGCAAGAGGUGGAGACCUGGUAUAGGGGACAGAGUGAAAGCUUCAACAAGGAAGUCGCCGUUUACCAAAAAAGCUUCCAGGUUUCCAAAUCUGAGGCCACAGAACUGAGACGCACAUUACAGAACCUGGAGCUGGAGCUUCAGUCCCUCCUUAAUAUGAAACAAGCUUUAGAAGGCUCAUUAUCAGAAACAGAAGCUCGCUAUGUAGCAGAAAUAGCAAAACUCCAGAAUAUAAUUUCCCAAAUAGAACUCGACCUUCAACAAGUCAGGUCAGACUCAGAGCACCAUGGUCUGGAGUACAGAACACUGCUGGACAUCAAAACCAGGCUUGAGCAGGAGAUCGCCACCUACAGAAGACUGCUGGACGGAGGAGAUGCCAGACUUCAUUCUUUCAUUUGUCAACUAGGUGUAAAAAUUGUCAGCAAAGAAGAAUCACAGAGUUCCAGCACCAGGAUCAAGGUGAAGACAGUAGUGGAGGAAGUGGUAGAUGGGAAGGUGGUAUCUUCCUCAGUGAAAGAGGUGACUAAGGACUCCUAA